CCAAUGGAAAAAAUGGCGCCAAACAUGAGAUGCUACUCUGUGCUUCAAACCAGCUCCAAACCAACAGGAUGUCGGUGAAGCUGCGAUUCGACUCUCCCUCGGAUGGAGGUUUGAUCCACAGGAGCCGUUCCUUCACCGGUUUCAGCUCUCUGACUGGACGACGACGGCAGUCCUCUGUUCGGACCUCUCUUCGCUCCAAAGCCAUAGCCGGAGGUAAAUCUCCCAGGAUGCAGCUGUCUCCCAGCAGAGGAGGAGGAGCUAUCUGGUCUAUGCAGCCGGAGGAGGUCGACAGGGUCUUCCAGGCGCUACGCAAAGGACUCAAGGAGUAUCUGGAGGGUCACCAGGCAGAGAUGGACUUCCUGUCUUCACAGCAGAGAGAGACCAAGAGAAACUCCAGACUGGCCUUUCUGUAUGAUCUGGAGAAGGAGAUCAGAGCGGUGGAGAGAUACAUACGAAGAUUAGAAUUUCAAAUCAGCAAGGUGGAGGAGCUGUAUGAGACGUAUUGUAUCCAGUGGAAGUUGUGUCAGGGAGCGGUCAACAUGAAGAGAGCCUUCUCGCUGUCCCCGUCUACCCGAGCCUCCAGAGAGAGUCUGCUGGAGCUCAACCGCAACCACAAACACAGCCUGCAGGACAUGUCAGUGAUGGAAGGAGAAUUAGAAAUCCUCCUCGGAGAGCUACACAUCAAAAUGAAAGGUCUGAUCGGCUUCGCUCGACUCUGCCCUGGAGACCAAUACGAGGUGGUGGUGCGGCUGGGCCGCCAGCGUUGGAGGAUCAGAGGCAGGAUCGAAUCAGACGACACACAGUCCUGGGACGAAGAGGAGAUGGUCUUCCUCCCACACAUACACCACAACUUUGAGAUCAAGGUGAUGGAAGCCAAGGGUUUGGGUUGGCUGCUGGUUGGCAUGGUAACGUGUGCGAGCGCAGACUUCUUUGUGGUGAGGCCGCAGCUGAUGUUGGUGGACGUCACGGAGCUGGGAACCAUCAAACUGCAGCUGGAAGUCACCUGGAAUCCAUUUGACAGCACGGAGAAGAUGCGUCCGCUGUCUGUCAGCAGGCAGUCGGUCUCCAGCAGAAAGAGUUCAGUUUACAGCUGGACGGCACCGAGCACCCCCUCCUUCACCGAGAAAUACUUUAUAUCGAUGGUGCGUGAGCUGCGGGAUCGAGAAGGUUCCCUCCCUUCACUGGUAUCUAAAAGUCGUCAUAACAGAGGAGGCGUGUCUCUGCUCAGCUACCUGUCCAACCCUUCGCACACCGCUAUCACGUCACACCACAGCCCUCAAAGCCCUAAUACCCCGAGUCUCAUGUGGACUCACAGCUACCCUUCCAGCCCCAGUCAAGGCACCAGUCUGGUAGGAAGCCAGACUCACCUGUCCCUGGGAGAGGAAGGAUCCUCAGAGAUCUCCACAGAGGAGAGGGAGGAGAGGAAGGAGGAGGAGGAGGAGGAGGACGACAAGGAGUGGGGAGAGUUUGAUUCUCCAUCCACACCAGCAGAGAGUAAAACAUUUUCCCUGCCGGUUCUACAGAGGUCCAGCACUCCUGACAUCCUGAGAAAAAACACAGCUGGAGAACCAGAUGUUGAGACGCACAGAGCAGCCCUAGAACAGGACAGCGUCAGCGUGCAGGACUCCCCAGAAUGUCAGUCAUAUUCUGCCCCAGCCUCCCCCUCACCACCCACUCCUCUGCCCCCAGCUGUAGCCCCCUCCUCACCCACGGCAGCCGCUCCGGCCCCGGGGAGGCCGGGGGUGAGCGGCGCCCAGCGCAGGGCUCAGGCCCUCAGGCUGGGAGCCAUGAUAGCAGAGCUGGAGAAGACGUUUCGGAAACAGAGCUGCUCUGAGAAGGAGCUGAGAGCUCUGGACAACAAGAUACUGCACCUGGCAACCAUACUGAAGAACGACCUCUCCCUGUUGAGAAGCUCAUCAUCAGAGGAGACUCUGGCUGUCGAGGAAGUAUUGGGCAGCUUUGACUUCCUGUCACAUGACUUCAACGCAGAUGACGACACUUCCUGUUUGGGCAGCAUGAGGCUAAAAGACAGCGGCAUCAGUUCUCUCCAGCAGAGCACGCUGAGGAGUCUCGGCCUCCUCUCUCAGGACAGCCAAUCAGCUUCUGAGGAGGAGCUGGUCAUCACCCCUCUGACUUCUGGGAAUUGGGGUCUUGACCAGGCUCUGGAGACUCACCUGGACAUCUGCGGCAUCCUGCUACAGAUGAUGAAAACGACUGACUUCAGCCCGUCUCGGAGGGAUCUGCUGGAAGAAAUGGCUCUCCAAGCUGAAGUCCUGGACAGAGUCAGCUGUUUGCUGCUAGAGAAGAAUGACAACAUCUCUGCCAUUGACAUCCUCCCUAAAGCUCAGAGAAGGAGGGACACGCUGUUGUUUUGGGAGGAGUGUGUUAACGACAGCAGCUCGCCUUUCUGUUGCCACACCGACUGCUUCUCCAGGACGCUAAAGAAACGUUACACGCACAAGGUGAAGGCCAAGCAGCCCGGCCAAUCAGAAAAAGUGUUUUCUCAGCUGCUGCAGCAGGUCCAGACAGCCUGCCGGGUGGUGCCCAGCCCUCGGCCCGUCUGCAGCCCAGAGAGAGUCACCCUCUUCCAGCUGUCGGUGUAUCUGAAACGCUGGAGCAUCCAGGAGCUGGGAGAACACAUCUCACGCCUCUCCAAAGAAGAGUACAUCCUGUCUGCCCUGAGGAGCCCUAAAAGGAGGCGGGGUUUAAAUAAACUGAGGGGGCGGAGCAUCUCGGAGCUCCUCCCGCUGGCGUGCACGCUGCAGACUCUGGCCGCCCUGCAGAUCGACUCCAACCACAAAGUCUGCAAAGCUGCUGCCAACUGCCUCUGCAGAGCUGCAGGCUGCAAGGCCUUCAGGAGCAAAGCGGUAGUUUACUACACGGAGAGUCUGAAGAGCACUAAUGCUCAAACCCAACAAGGCUCCUGUCUGGCUCUUAAAUGUCUCAGGGCGACAGAGAGCGUGGACCACAUAGCAGAUCUGUGGAGAUCAGCGGAUGAAGAUCUUCGCAGCGCUGCCAGAGAGACUGUCCUCUCUUUUGGUAAAAAGGGGUACCUGGCCUUCCAGCGGAUGGACCAGCUGUACGCUGAGUUGCAGGAGGAGGCUUACCAGAACCAAGAGACUGAGAUUACGAUCCUAUAAGUAAACAAGUCUGGACCUAAAAGAAGCUUGUGGGUCUUGUAUUUUUCUGGUUUGGACCCAACAUGA